AUGAAAAAGUUCUUGGAAUGGAAAUCUGUUGGUGAUGAUAAUGAAGAUGAACUGCUUGAUGCAAAUAAAGAUUUAGAUGUCUUUGAAGAAGGAACUGAUAAUUCGAUUAACAGAAUUGAAGAUUGGGUAGAACUUAUUCAAAAUUGGGUGAAUAUGAUUGAUGAUAAUGAAGAUAUUUAUGACCCUUUAGAAUUUAUUUCUGUAGAUCAUACUAUACAUCCUGAUGAUGAUCCAAUUCUGUGUAGUAUUUUUAAUGAUAAUUUAGAAUACCUGAUUUUGUAA